AUGGAAGAUUGCAAGCAAGAGACGAACAGUGCUGAUGAUGGCAUUGAGACAACUGGGGCAAUAUCUGUAAGAGAUUUUGCUUACGAUAAGUCGACAGCGCUGCAUUUUGGCUUUUAUGGCGAUAAUUGUGAUGAGGACGAAGAGUCCACUUCACAUGCUGAUAAGGACGACGUUCCUUACCGGCAGCGGCACAACCAAAACAUCGACUUACGUUACCCCAAUUGUGGCUCGGAGACAGCAGACACUUUAGAUGGAAAUUACGAUGAAAAUCCAGAUGACAGCAUCACAAAGAGGCAGAGCAUAAUAAUGCCCAACGAUUAUAUUGUGAACAAACACGCUGUGGCACUAUAUGAUUUCGUGCCUGAAAAUGACAACGAACUGGAGCUUCAUGAGGGCGAUACUGUCCUUAUAGGUUACAGACAUGGCCAAGGUUGGUUAGUGGCAGAAAAUGAAGAAGGCACGCGAACUGGCUUGGUACCGGAAGAGUACGUUACGUUGACGGAAGCCUACGAAGAAAGCGACGAUAAUGACGGGAGACCGAGACCCUUUUACUUAACGCAAAUGUUAGCGCAGUCCAUGAAUGACUCCGCUAAGGCGGGCGAUACGGAUGCCGAAUGGGAAGACAUCGAUGACUUGGAAACCGAUUUCAACGAGAACAUGAAAGUCUCGGAAGCAUGA